AUGAUACGCCCUGCAAAUGCGACAGCUCAACAAAUGGAAGAAUUCUUGGCUCUCAUCACUUUCAACAACCACUUCUUCCGAAUCGCUGCCAUGGAGAUAGUUGAACUUCGACACGACCAGUCUCAUGUAGAGGAUCCAUCUUGGUCGGCACAAUUGAAAAUGCUUUGUUCCGAAACAAAAACAUAUCGGCCACUCCCUCCUCAAGUUACACGCGUCCACGAUGAGCAUGACUUGGUGAAGAAGUCGUUUGCCGGUAGAUUUCAGGGUGUCUUGCAUCCGUUCCGAAAAGAUUCUGUCGAUCCUGACACCGCCAUGUUGGCAACAUUCGCCGGAGACUUAGUCGCCGUUCUGUAUACUGGCUCCUUCCGCAUCCGCAGAGACGAAGCAUUCAUGAACUUCAUCCGGACCAAUCAUGCCAGGGGAAAAAGACCAGUCGCUGAGACUCUGUCGAACCAGGAUGAAGGUAUCCCAUCAUCACGCGAAGUGGCUAUGUCAGAUGCUCAGGACGAGGCUCAACAAAGCCCAGAAUCAGACAGCAGCUAUGAUAGUCCACUGGUUGGCCCCAACAAACGCCGCAAGCUUUCCUCAAACAGACAUUGA